CCUGCGCGUUAAAUUUUCUUCUUCAUCUGAUAAAUUGAUUAAGUAGGUAGGUUCUCAAUAAGAUCGGACAUGGAAUUGCAUCACCUGUUCAAAGACAAGAGAUUCUGGUUUUCAUCUAUCCUAAUUGCUUGGGCUGCUGGUCUCCAGGGUCAUAUGAUGUGGUUACAAAGGCAAGAUAAUUUCAAGAAGAAAUUUGGAGAGCAAAAUCAAAAUGUUGAUGAGGAUAAUGAUAAUGAUAAUCAAGUGAAGGACAAGAAGGAGGAGAAAGUUACAUUUGAUUUCUAAUAGCCUCUCCCCAAUUUGGGUUUACUGGAUCAUGUUGUUUAUGGUAAUGAUGGAGAAAAGCAUCGGGUUGGAAGUAAGGAUUAGUGAGCAGCUCAAUUUGAUUAUAAAGCAUUUUGAUAUGAUCGGCAGUGUCCUUAAGUACCGAAGCUGUAUCAGUCUGCAUAAUUAAUAACAUUAGCAGAAUUCAUGGUUAAUUGUAAUAAUCUGAAAAGAAUAAUGGUUCAGUUUUGUAAUUUACCUUUCCAAAUGGUGACACCAACUUUUGAAGUGUUAUUAUUUUAUCUCCUA